UCCAGUCCCUUUUAAUUCCAAAAUCUCAGCUCUGGGGUCAGUGUUUUGGAUCCAAACUUCCAUCUUAUUUACAAAAAAAAAAUGGCUCGAGAAUCGAGAUCAUGCACCAAUCAUUGAAUCAAAUACUCGAAUACCAUUCUUGGUUAAAGAAAAGGAAAGGUUUCCUUUAGUUUCUUUGAUCAAUGAGCUUACCAGGGUUCUUCAGUAUCUGUAUGCUCCAAUCCAUAGUCGCUAUUACUUGUGGAGCUUUAAUGAUGUUUUACACUAAGGAAGUCACAGUUUUGGGUCACGGUCGUGAAAUAGCAAGCAAGCUGCAAGGUUCAACGCCUCAUGAUCAACUCUUGAUCCAAACCUCAGAAUCCUUUUCUGGGUUGCUUUUGUUCACUAUUGGUUUUGUGUUGUUCAUGGUGGCAUUCGUUAAAGAUGGAGAGUUCCAAAGCUUCUUUGCUAAAGGGUGUGUGUUAGUUCAUGUUUCUAUGGCUAUUUGGAGAGUUUGUUUUGAAGGAAAACUUCUGGGUUUUGGUCAUGAAUGGCUUAGACAAGCUCUUGGGGAUAUUGCUUUGGCACUUUCUUGGGUUUUCCUUCUGGUGUGUUCAUGGAGGGAAAAAUAUGAUUAGUUUGAUUGAAAAACAGAAUAAAUUGUAUGUUCAUAGUAGUGGGGAUUUCUGGAAGAAUUUCAAUCCAAACUGAUAAAAUCUGAAUCUAAAUUGCAAUAGCAUGUGUUUCUGGUUAGAUUUCAUGUAUAGCUACACUUUUUUAGUGGGUGAAAUUGAUCUUGGGCAAGGUUAAUCUAAUCUAACUUUUAUUUAUUUA